CCUAUAUAUUCCCUCUUCUUAAAACGGAAGACAAACCAGAAGCGAGCUCUCCCUUCGCUUCUUUCUACUGAAGAAAUCUGUUCGUUGUUAGGGAGAGAUUUUUACUCUUUUUUUUUUUUCCCUUUCUCUUACUUUGUGGGACUCGCUGCUUAAGGGAGCUCUUUCCUUUAUACAGAUUUGAUGUUUGAUGAUAAUGAAUCCACAUUUGGAUGCCCAUUUACACUCAAAUCCUCCUGGGGAAAGGUUUCGCCUUCCACAUGAUGUGGGUUACAGAUUCCAUCCAAGUGAUGAAGAAAUUGUCAGUUAUUUUCUUUAUCAUAAAAUGAACGGUGAGGAUUUCCUUGUUGAUCAUAUUGUCCGUGAGAUUGAUCUCUGCCAAAACGACCCAUGGGACAUACCUGACCUUUCCGGUAUAUCAUCAGAUGAUCCCGUUUGGCAUUUUUUUAGUCGCAUUGAUUACAAGCAUUCACAUAGUAAACGAGCCAACAGGAGAACUAAGGCUGGAUUCUGGAAGUCCACGGGAAAGGUUCGUAGAGUUAAAGCUAAGCAGACAGGGGAGGAGAUUGGUAGCAAGAGGACGCUGGUGUUCUAUGUUAAACUUCCUGAUUCUGAAACAACUAGGACCAACUGGGUCAUACACGAGUACAAAUCUAAAACCAUCCUCCCUGAACAGAGGGAUUUUGUUUUCUGUAGACUAAAGCAUAAAACAGAUGAGGAGAUCGAUAAUUCAGUCAAUGAUGAAGGUGAACCUAGUCGCCCUGUGGAUGCUGAUGUUGAAAAUCAUGCUGUACAGACUGAUGCAGAGCAAGCUCCGCAAUCUCAUGUCAGCGUUACCAGGAUAGAGGAAAUUUCCAAUGAGCAUACCAGUUGCCGUGAUAAUCAACACAUUGGGUUGAAUUUUCAUGAUACCAGUGAAGAUGAUGUGGAUCCAAUAAAGUUGGCAGAUUCAUUUCUUUCUCUGGAUCAAGGCUUCAGUGAAGAAAGUGAGCUCAUUCUCCCUCAUGAGUUCAGGCCACCAAAGCUACUGAAUGAAGGUUUUAUUGAGGAUAGAAGUGACUUGGAGAUGGAAGUUGGCCAUGGCAAGUUACCUUGUUGUUUUAUAUCUUUAUGGAAGCCUAUACAAGCACUGGGGCAGGCUUCUACUGCAAGCGUAGCCGCAGCUAGACCUUUACAGAUCAACUACAUUGGAUCGGUUGGCAGAGGAGAAAGUAGUAUUUACGAACAUAGAGCCAACGAGGGCAUAAUACAGGAUGAAGUUUCUGCCAUAAGACCAGGCAAAAUUUCAUGCACAGAUAAGCCUUCACAUGGUGAGGAAAAAUGCUACUUGGAUGGAGGAUAUGGUCAAGACAAGUAUAUAUAUUGCCUUCAAGAAUUUCCAACGUUUUCCAAACCUAUUAAGAUUGGAGGCUUCAACCUUUCAGUUAAGAAAAGGUGCCAAUUCAAACCAAACAAGCAACCUGCAAAUCAAAAAUCAAAUGUCAGAUCAGCUGGGGCAGCCGGCAGUGAUAAAGAGAUUUCAUCCAUUUGCUCAGAGACUGCGUCAAUCCAUAGUCCAACUCCCGCAUCAGUGUACAUUGUUAAUGUUCUUGUAGGUCUACUUUUGUUCAUUUUAACACUGAGGGAAAUCCUGAUUCUUCACUAAGUGAUGCAACUCUUACCAGGAUAUUCACAAGGCCUGCAAUGUAAAGAUCAUCUAUAACGGGAUAGAUCAGAAAGAGUUUUGUCCUGAUAUUACCAUAUAUCGUCUAUACAUCUUGGAUAGGAAAAUUUGCAUUGUCGUUUAACUAGAUUGAUGUUUGGAGCCCAUAGUUAGGCAGUAUUGGUGACGUCCAACCUUGAUGAACAGAUUGUGUCCAAACUUCUGCUGACAUGCAUAUCUAUUAGCUUUGCUAUUAAUUCUACAGUACUUUUGUCUUACUGAUUAGGUUUCCUUCUGAGGGCUAACUGUUUUUUAAACGGUAGUCCCAUUGAAACAGUAGAAAUUGUUGAAUAUUUUGCAGUUUCUUAUAUAUGUAUCCCAGGAUGAAAUGAUUCAAUACACCAAACUGUAAUAAGAUAUCAAUGAGGUCCAAAAGUUUCGGUA